GGCCCCAAGGGUGGCAUUUCUACAGGGGAACAGCACAAAGGCUCAAAGGCGGGAAGGUGUUGGGAGUGGCAGUGGGGUGCAGAAGCUGAAGGCAGGAAGGCAGACAGGAGACGGUAUACUCAAGUAGGGGCCCAGCAGCGGUCAGGGUCUAGACUACCUGAAGACUUUGAACUCAAGAUUUCUAGGAAGCUUGGCCCGCCUCAUUAACUCAUUAGCGGAUUUAAUAAGUCCCCAGACCUCUAGGAGGCUAAAUAGAUGGGGUCGAGACUAGAAACCCAACGCUACACCAACUCGGUGGGUCUCUGGGCUUUUCCCACCAGGAGACCUCUCCUUACAGAAUAAGAGGGUGGGCCCAGGGGAGUGGAUCUGCUCCCAACCGGACUUUCCCUUCCUAGAUUCCUCUGACUGCCGCGAUCUCUCAUAAGCCGGGCCGGCUCCCCGCUUUCCUGUGCUCAGUUUCGCGGGUGACUUUGGACGGCUCCUUGCCCGCCCUAGCCCCAUCCCUCCAUCCUGGUCUCGCCCUAGCCCCGCCCCUCCCUCCCGGUCUCGUCUAGCCCCUCCUCUCCCUCCCGGUCUCACCCUAUCCCCAUCCCUUCAUCUCGGCCUCGCCCAAGCCCCGCCCCUCCCUCCCGGCCUCGCCCUAGCCCCGCCCCCUCUGCUCCAGUCCCUCCACCACUGCCCCGCUUGGUCCCGGGCCGCUCUAGGCCCUGACCCUUUGCACAGAGGCCGCAGGACCUUGCCCUCCAGGGAUCACCUGCCCCUGUGGCCUCUGGCUCCCCUAGUCCUACCUGCCCCGCCCUGGCCCCGCCCUUCCCACCCGCUCUAGCUCCGCGGCUCCGCCCUUGGGGAUCACCUACGCCCUGCUCUGACUCUGCCGCACCCCCUGUCGGCCCCGCGUGUGCUUUGCGGCUGCCUGUUUCCAGCGGGCCCGCGCACCUCGCGCGGUUGUCAUGGAGAUGGACGCGGAGGCGACGCCACUGCCGGUGGGUCGGGUCGGUGGACGCGGAAUAGCGACCCCUGAUUCGGCCACCUCUAGGGCGAGCCCCACAGAGUCCCGUCCUGCCUCUUCGCCCCCGUGAGGGUCCCCAGAGGCGCUGAAAACCGCGUCAGCAUGUCAGGAGAGACGAGCGCGCCGGGGGCCUCCCCCAGGGCCCCGCGUCCCGCGACCCAGAAGUCGUCCGGCACAGUGACCAAAAAGGGGGAUCGCGGGGCCAAGGAGAAGCCAGCGGCUGUCCUACCGCCGGUGGGCGAGGAGGAGCCCAAAAAUCCUGAGGAGUACCAGUGCACCGGGGUCCUUGAGAUCGACUUCGCCGAGCUCUGUACGCUGUCUGGCUACACCGACUUCCCCAAAGUUGUGCCCCGGCCCCGCCCGCACCCGACCUUUUUCCCCUCCGCCUCUAUGUCGGAAAAGCCCACCCAAGAGGAUCAGCGGCUGUCGGGGUCCUGCAGCCUCAACAGCCUGGAGAGCAAAUACGUGUUCUUCCGGCCCACAAUCCAGGUGGAGCUGGACCAGGAGGACAAGGCUGUGAAGGAAAUCUNNNACGCAGGCUGGAAGGUUGAGGAGCGGAUCCUGGGUAUCUUCUCUAAAUGUCUGCCCUCCCUCAGCCAGCUGCAGGCCAUCAACUUGUGGAAGGUGGGGCUGACUGACAAGACUCUGACCACCUUCAUUGCCCUCCUGCCUCUCUGCUCCUCCACACUCAGGAAGGUGUCUCUGGAGGGGAACCCGCUGCCGGAGCAGUCAUAUCACAAGCUCAUGGCAUUGGACAGCACGAUCGCUCACUUGUCUCUGCGGAACAACAACAUCGACGACCACGGAGCGCAGCUCCUGGGCCAGGCUCUGUCCACGCUACACAGCUGCAACCGGACCCUGGUCUCGCUCAACCUGGGCUUCAACCACAUCGGGGACGAGGGCGCCGGCUACAUCGCGGACGGCCUCCGGCUGAACCGCUCCCUGCUCUGGCUGUCCCUGGCUCACAACCGCAUCCAGGACAAGGGCGCCCUGAAGCUGGCCGAGGUCCUGCGCCCCUUCGAGUUGACGCACACCGAGGUGGUGGAGCGCCGGCGCCUCCUGCUGGAGAAAGGGCCGCUGGAGCGAAUGCGAUCGCCUUCCUCCUCUCGACAUGGGGAAUCCAAAUCAGAUCGUGAGAAGAGUCAGGCGAUAGGGGCCAGCAGUGUUGCCCUGGUGGACAAGGCAGACAAAGUGCAGACAAUGAAGACCCCCAAGGGCCUGGGCAAGAAAAAGGAGAAGUCAGGGGAAGUGGUGAAGAAAGAUGAGAAGUCAGGGUCUGCGCAGUCGCCUGUACAAGGAACCCCUAAGAAAGAAGACUCCACAAAGGCAGGCAAGGGGAAGGUGACCAUCCCUGAGCAGAAACCAACCAAGGGAAAAGGGCCCAAGACUGGAAGCAGAGAGAAGCGCAGCAUCCUCCUGGAGUCAGAGCUGGUUACUGAAGCUAUGGAGAUGGUCAACCCUCUCCUGGAGCCUGUAGAGCACCGAGAUGGGAAAGUUUUCAUGCCUGGGAACAAGGUCCUUUUGCACCUCAACCUCCUCCGAAACCGCAUCACAGAGGUGGGGCUGGAGGGCUUCCUCAGCACGGUACAGUACCAGGCUCAGUUCUCCAAGGCCAAGAGUGCGUCCAAGGGCCCCGUGGGGCUGCUGUGGCUGUCCCUGGCGAAAAACUGCUUCUCCCCACAAUGUCCUACGUACAUCAUGAUCCAGGAGCUGAUGCUGCCAAGGGAGCCCAUCAGUAAGGCCAAGUCCAGGGAGGAGGAGGCCAUGGCUUCCUCCACCUAGCCCCUCCCACCUUCCUCCCAGACACUGGGCCACAGAAGCUUCUCCUGUCCCUGCGUGGGCUGACCUCCCUGGAGGAGAUCUCAGAUUAUGAACAAAUUCUAUUGCUGUACUUUUUUUCCUUGAGGUUGUUUGAAAACUUUGUUCCAGAACUACUUGAAA